GAUGUUAGGCGUGAACAGGGCCGGUAGCCGUGGCCGCUGCUGAGGCUGGCGGGCAGGGCGCCGGCUGCCACUGACCGGAGAGAGAAGCUGCCUGCCGACGUCAGCCUGGGUCGCAGCCGCUGCCGCCGCUGUGGAGUAAACAGCCAUGGCCAAGGACAUCCUGGGUGAAGCAGGGCUGCACUUUGAUGAGUUGAAUAAGCUGCGGGUGUUGGACCCCGAGGUUACCCAGCAGACCAUAGAGCUAAAGGAAGAGUGCAAGGACUUUGUGGACAAAAUUGGCCAGUUUCAGAAAAUAGUUGGUGGUUUAAUUGAGCUUGUUGACCAACUUGCAAAAGCAGCAGAAAAUGAGAAGAUGAAGUAUCGUGUUUUUCUAGCCAUUGGUGCUCGGAACUUGCUCAAAUCUAUAGCAAAACAGAGAGAAGCCCAACAGCAGCAACUCCAGGCACUAACAGCUGAAAAGAAAAUGCAGCUUGAAAGAUAUCGGGUUGAAUAUGAAGCUCUGUGUAAAGUAGAAGCAGAACAAAAUGAAUUUAUUGACCAAUUUAUUUUUCAGAAAUGAACUGAAAAUUUCAUUUUCUAGCAGGAGGGCAAUAAAGAAAAAAAACCCACAACCCCCAAACCAAAAAAACCUCUGCACCAAUCCAGUGACUUGACUAAUGACCCAAGUGUGUUGUGUGAGAUGGUGUGUGAGGAAUGCAGCAUCUCUGAAGGCAAUAAAACAAAUCUGGGGGAGCUUGUUUCAGACGUCAGUGCCUAUCUGCAGGCGAA